GUGAAGUGUGGGCGGACUGACCCAAGUGCUGCCAAAUGUCCUUUGGUGGCUUGCUGUUGGUCAGGUAGGGACCAACCAUGUUUGGUAAUAGUCAGUGUCUUUGGUACUUGUCUAGUGCUAUUUGGUAUCUCCUCAAAGCUUCCCAAAUACCUUCCUUAG